GGCGGGCGAGAGCGGCGGGGGGCGGCCGGGGGCCAUGGGGCAGCCCCGCGGGUGACGAUGUCGGAGGGCCGGCACCGCGGCGAGGCGGCCCGGGGCCCCCCGCGGCCGAGCCCCCGCCGCGCCGUCAGCGUCUGCGAGUCGCUGGACCUGCAGGGCGUCCCCGCCGUCCAGGCCGCCCUCGGGGCCGCCCAGCAGCAGCGCCGCCGGCCCAAGAGCUUCUGCGCCGCCGGCAACGGGCUGGGGGCCGGCGCCCCGCUGCCCCCCGCCGCCCCCGGCCGGGCCCGGGCCGGGCUGCUGGACCUGCUGGGGCUGCGCUCGCCCCGCAGGCGGGAGGCGGCGGGGGGCGAGGGGUCGCCGCCGGGCUCGGGGGUCGGGGGCUCGCAGCGGGCGCGCCCCAGCAGCAUGACCUUCCUGCCCGCCGGCCGCCCGCAGCACCCCGCCGACGGCCCCGGCUUCCUGCGGGGAGGCUCGCUGUGGGGCAGCCGGCGCUGGAACCUGUUCGGGGGCAGCGGCCGGAGCAGCCCGAGCCCCAGGAAGAACCUCAGCGCCCUGCGCAAGAGCUUCAGCUUCCGCCUGCGGCGGGGCCACGAGCUGCGGCGCUCCGAGUCGGGGGGCCUGCUGCGCCCCGCGCGCCUCCGCACCAAGAGCGAGGGGGACGCCAGCUCCCUGCACACCUGCCCCAGCAAGCGCGACCUGCUGUACCCGGAGCUGGCCCGGGUCGGGGGCGGGCUGCACGCGGACCCCGGGCAGCCGGGGGGACUCUGGAGACUCCUCACGAGCCGCUUCCGAAGGCGAGAGCGCGGCGGCACCGGCGGCGCCUGCCCCAAGGAGCCCCAUGGAGGUGCUGACCCCGUCCUGCUGGGCAGUGGCCCACUGCGAGCCCUGGAUUCGUUUGUGAACAGCCAGGAAUGGACCCUGAGUCGCUCGGUGCCUGAGCUGAAGGUGGGCAUCGUGGGGAACCUGUCCAGCGGCAAGUCCGCCCUCGUGCACCGCUACCUGACGGGCACCUACGUGCAGGAGGAGUCUCCAGAGGGUGGCCGAUUUAAGAAGGAGAUCGUAGUGGAUGGUCAGAGUUACUUGCUGCUGAUUCGAGAUGAAGGGGGCCCCCCUGAGCUGCAGUUUGCUGCCUGGGUCGAUGCCGUGGUGUUUGUCUUCAGCCUGGAGGAUGAGAUCAGCUUCCAGACGGUGUACAACUACUACCUGCGGCUCUGCAGCUACCGGAACACAGCGGAGGUGCCGAUGGUGCUGGUGGGCACGCAGGAUGCCAUCAGCGCCACAAAUCCCCGGGUCAUCGAUGACUCUCGGGCACGGAAGCUUUCCAACGAUUUGAAGCGCUGCACGUACUACGAGACCUGUGCCACCUACGGACUGAACGUGGAGAGGGUCUUCCAGGAUGUGGCUCAGAAGGUGGUGGCUCUACGGAAGAAGCAGCAGCUUUCCAUCGGUCCCUGCAAGUCCCUGCCCAACUCACCCAGCCAUUCGUCUGUCUCUGCGGCCUCCAUUCCUUCUGUUCACAUCAAUCAGGCCACCAACGGCGGAGGAGCCUUCAGUGACUACUCCUCCUCUGUGCCCUCCACCCCUAGCAUCAGCCAGCGAGAGCUGCGGAUUGAGACCAUUGCUGCCUCCAACACGCCCACCCCCAUCCGCAAGCAGUCCAAGCGGCGCUCCAACAUUUUCACGUCUCGAAAGGGCGCGGACCCAGAGCGGGAGAAGAAGGUGCCGGAGUGUAAAGCGGACAGUAUCGGCAGCGGGCGGGCCAUUCCCAUGAAGCAGGGCAUUCUCCUGAAACGCAGCGGCAAGUCACUCAACAAGGAGUGGAAGAAGAAGUACGUGACAUUGUGUGACAACGGAGUCCUCACCUACCACCCCAGCCUGCACGACUACAUGCAGAAUGUCCAUGGGAAGGAGAUCGAUCUGCUGAGAACCACCGUGAAGGUACCGGGCAAGCGGCUGCCCAGGGCAACAACGGCGGCGGCGCCCAGCGCGAGCCCCAAGGCCAACGGGCUGGCAAAGGAGCGGAGCAGCACGCAGCUCACGGGAGGCACAGGUGCUCCCCACUCCACCAGCAGCACCUCCCUGCACUCGGAGCGCUCCAUCAGCGGCAUCAACCUGGUGGGCUUCAGCUCGAAGCCUGACGGCAUGCACCAGCGCUCCUACUCCGUCUCCAGCGCGGACCAGUGGAACGAGGCCGUGGCCAUCCCCGGCAGCUGCCCCAACCCCUCUAACGGCACCGCCGAUUCUCUCAGCUCCAGCCCGAACAUUUCCAACGCUGCCAGCCCCAAGCUGGAGCCGCCUCCAUCACCGCAUGCGAACAGGAAGAAGCAUCGCAGGAAAAAGAGCACAGGGACCACGCGGCCCGAUGGCCCCAGCACAGCAGCAGAAGAACCGGACGAGCCGUUUGAGUUCAUUAUCGUGUCCCUGACGGGCCAGACGUGGCUCUUCGAGGCCUCAACAUCUGAGGAGCGAGAGCUUUGGGUCCAGGCCAUUGAGAGCCAGAUCCUGGCCAGCCUGCAGGGCUGCGAGAGCAGCAAAAACAAGGCUCGGCUGGGCAGCCAGGGCGACGCGCAGGCCAUGCAGGCCGUCCGCACCGCGCGUGGGAACAGCUUCUGUGUGGACUGCGAUGCCCCCAAUCCAGACUGGGCGAGUCUGAACCUGGGCUCCCUGAUGUGCAUCGAGUGCUCCGGGAUCCAUCGCAACCUGGGCACGCACCUGUCCCGCGUGCGCUCCCUGGACCUGGACGACUGGCCCAGCGAGCUGCUCAUGGUCAUGACGGCCAUCGGCAACGCCCUGGCCAACGCUGUGUGGGAAGGGGCUGUGGAAGGCUACCCCAAACCCACCCCUGAGAGCAGCCGGGAGGAGAAGGAGCGCUGGAUCCGGGCCAAGUACGAGCAGAAGCUGUUCCUGGCUCCACUGCCCCAGUCGGACAUCCCGCUGGGGCAGCAGCUGCUGCGGGCAGUGGUGGAGGAUGACCUGCGCCUCGUGGUGACGCUGCUGGCACAUGGCACCAAGGAGGAGGUGAAUGAGACCUACGGGGACGGAGACGGGCGCACGGCACUGCAUCUCUCCUGCGCCAUGGCCAACGUGGUCUUCACACAGCUGCUCAUCUGGUACGGGGUGGAUGUGAAGAGCCGGGACGCUCGGGGCCUCACCCCGCUGGCCUAUGCCCGGCGAGCCGGCAGCCAGGAGUGCAUCGACAUCCUGCUGCAGCACGGCUGUCCCAGCGACAGCGCCGUCACCACGCUGACCCCCAGCCUGCCCCGCCGCAACACCAACGCCAACAACAACGCCUGCACCACGGUGCUGGCUGAGCUCGGCUCCAGCCCCAGCGCCGUCUAGCUCCCCUCAGGCCCUCCACUCACCGUGCGGCUCCUUCCAGCCCUGCUGGCGUCCAAGGCCACCAGAGCACGUCCAAGGGGCCGCUCGCUGCACCCGCCGUGCUCAUCCUGCGCCAGGCCCCCUGUUCUGGCUCGGGCAGCCAGCAGCACACUACUCUUUGCCUGGGUCCCGUGUAUUCUGCCUGUGCAGCUGGAAAGGGGGAGCUGUGCAGACCCAGAGCUGUCAGCCUGCAGAGGUGCCCCACAGCCGCCAGGAUGGGGGAUUCAGUACACCCUGUUCUCAUGACCGGUACAGGGGGAGGAGAGGCGGUUUCUGUGUGCCUCCCCACCACCACACUCACUUGUAGAUAGUGCAGUUUGGGGAUGCUGCCCUCCUGCACAGCCGGUACUGGGGGUGGCGGUCGCUGCACCUGCUCUCUGGGCAGUAGGGCAGCUCGGACACGUCCCUCCUGCCCUCCUGUGCUGUGCACCCCAGUGCGGGGGGGCAGGUGGGGGCAGUGGUAGGUGCACGUUUCUCCACCACCCCCAUUUGUUCCUCUAUGCUUCUGGCCAGUAGAGGAGGGAUCCCCUCGCUGGUACCGCUCCCCUGCGUGCUGAUGUAAAGGGAGCAUCUCUCUCAUGCAAUCCCAUGGACAUCGACCUUCCCAGCCUCCCUGGUGACCCAGAAGGGCAAGAGGAUUGUCACCCUGGGCCCCCCAGCUGUGUCUGUCUGUCUGUAGAGUCACUGUCCCUCCAGGUUCAAGCCCCAAAGCCAUACACAGUGUCUCCAACAGCACAUCCCCACUGGCUCCUGCUGCUGCCCAGGCGGGGCUGGACUCCGGCUGAGCAAGAGGAGAGAGGAGAUGAGCAUCUCCCUUGUUUUUGGGCCAAGCCUGCAGCUGAGCGCUGGAAUUUCCGAGGCUUUGGACGCUGCUGUGGAACGUCUCCAUCACUCGUGUAUAAAAUGUACAUUGGAAAUAUUUAUAUGGACACUCUGUAUAUACUGUUUCUUUGCCAUGAAUUGCCCUGUGUGUGUUACCUGCAGCAAAGGAGAUAAAGGCCAAUAAAGCAACCCACCUCCUGCCA